GUACAUUAUUUAGUUUAUGGUGACAAAUAGGUGUACAAAAAGCUUUAAAAAUCGAUGUAUUGAAGAUUUGUUAAAAGGCAAAUACUUGAACUACUCCGAGUAUUUCCAUACUGUGAAUUCAACCAGCUGUCAGUUCGUACUGCAGUUGUGACACUUGUGUUUUUAUGUCAGUAUUGAGUUGUUAGGAAGUUUGUAAUAAAGGAGUCGUUUGCCAAAAUGCCAAAAGGAGGUAGGAAAGGUGGCCACAAGGGUCGCGUGCGGACCUACACCAGUCCCGAGGAGAUAGAUGCCCAGAUGAAGGCAGAGAAAGAGAGGAAAAAGCAAGAGCAGGAAGCAGAGGAGGCGGGUGGUGCAGCUCAGAAUGACGCAGCAGAGGAGAAGCUACCUGGAUCAGGAUCAGAAGACAGCGAUGAUGAAAACUCAGAUAGGAGGAGAGCGGGCAUAGAGGGCUUGAUAGAAAUCGACAACCCCAACAGAGUGGCUCAGAAGUCCAAGAAGGUGACGCAGAUCGAGCUGGACGAGCCCAAGCAGUUGUCAAGGAGAGAGAGAGAGGAGAUUGAGAAGCAGAAAGCAAAGGAGCGCUACAUGAAGAUGCACCUGGCAGGGAAGACAGACCAGGCCAAAGCUGACCUCGCUCGCCUCGCCAUCAUUAAGAAACAGAGAGAAGAUGCGGCAAGAAAGAAAGAAGAAGAGAAAAAAGCAAAAGAUGCAGCGGCAGCAGCGGCGAGAGGAAUAAACUCCCUCUCCAUGAAAUGAUGCAGAAUAUUUAUCAGAGGCGUCUUUACAUGUUCAUGGACUGGCGCAAUAUAUAUUUGACUAUUUUUAAAGGAAGAAUGUUGACAUUACUGUAACAUAUGACCAUUUGGAAAAUGGUUGCGGAGACACCAGUGGAGAGGGGUUGUGUAUAUUUUGGGGUGGAAUAAUGGCGUUGAGCCUCGUUGAUCCCUCCAGGAAGUUAAGCUCCCACUGAGAAUACCGCAGUGUUCACAUAGACUUGGAAUGAACCCCUUCUAACCUAUGAUCUUGUACAUGGUAUUAAUAAUGGUAUUGUACAAAUUCUGACACUAUGUUUUUCUGGGGCUCUUACGUUGUAUAUAACUGAUUCACGAAAAUAUUUCAGAUUAAUAUAAUGGAACCAGUAAAAUGUGCACAU